GGCGGCGACAGGAAGUGACGUAGCAUACCCCAUGUGAGCAAGCUUGGAUUGCAACACAUGCAGCAGUCGCCGCGGCGAAGAAAGAAGCCGGUUUUUACGUCACUUCUGGAAGCAGGGGCUGACUCCAUUGAGAUCGGACGUCGUGGUCUAGACUAAAAGCCGGGAUAAGGGGACAGCAGCUCUCGGCUUCAGACAGGAGGAGGAGAGAAGAUGGCGGACGAUCCGAGUGCGGCAGACAGGAAUGUGGAAAUCUGGAAGAUCAAGAAACUGAUCAAAAGCUUAGAGGCGGCCAGAGGAAAUGGCACCAGUAUGAUCUCUUUGAUCAUUCCUCCCAAAGACCAAAUUUCGAGAGUGGCCAAGAUGUUGGCUGAUGAGUUUGGUACUGCGUCUAACAUCAAGUCACGGGUGAACCGUCUGUCUGUCCUGGGAGCAAUUACGUCUGUACAACAGAGGCUCAAGCUCUAUAAUAAAGUACCACCCAAUGGUUUAGUGGUUUACUGCGGAACAAUUGUAACAGAAGAAGGAAAGGAAAAGAAAGUAAACAUAGACUUUGAACCUUUCAAACCAAUCAACACAUCUUUGUAUUUAUGUGACAACAAAUUUCAUACAGAGGCUCUUACAGCUCUACUUUCUGAUGACAGCAAGUUUGGAUUCAUUGUAAUAGAUGGCAGUGGAGCUCUUUUUGGAACUCUACAAGGAAAUACAAGAGAAGUGCUACACAAAUUCACUGUGGAUCUUCCAAAGAAGCAUGGCAGAGGAGGGCAGUCUGCUUUGCGUUUUGCACGUCUAAGAAUGGAGAAACGUCACAAUUAUGUUAGGAAAGUAGCAGAAACUGCUGUGCAGCUGUUUAUUUCUGGUGAUAAAGUGAACGUAGCUGGUCUCGUGUUGGCUGGGUCAGCUGACUUCAAAACAGAGCUUAGUCAGUCUGAUAUGUUUGAUCAGCGAUUGCAAUCCAAAGUCCUGAAGCUAGUAGAUAUCUCUUAUGGGGGAGAAAAUGGUUUUAACCAAGCAAUUGAACUAUCAACGGAAGUCCUUUCAAAUGUGAAAUUCAUCCAAGAGAAGAAGCUAAUAGGGAGAUACUUUGAUGAAAUCAGCCAGGAUACGGGAAAGUAUUGUUUUGGUGUUGAAGACACACUAAAGGCGCUGGAAAUGGGAGCAGUGGAAAUUCUGAUAGUAUACGAGAACCUGGAUAUCAUGAGAUAUGUCUUAAGAUGUAAUGGCUCAGAAGAAGAUAAAGUUCUUUAUCUAACCCCAGAACAAGAAAAAGACAAAUCGCACUUCACUGACAAGGAGACUGGACAAGAGCAUGAACUGAUAGAGAGUAUGCCUCUACUAGAAUGGUUUGCUAAUAACUACAAAAAAUUUGGAGCAACACUGGAGAUUGUUACUGACAAGUCACAAGAAGGAUCUCAGUUUGUAAAAGGAUUUGGUGGAAUUGGAGGUAUCUUGAGGUACAGAGUUGAUUUUCAAGGAAUGGAGUACCAAGGAGGAGAUGAUGAAUUCUUUGACCUGGAUGACUACUAGGUAGUCGAGAUGGGUCUGGCAGAAUGUGCCUAACCCUCCAGCAUCCAACCCAAGAAGAUGAUUUAUGGUGGAAAAUAAAAUGGUCCUUGCCUUACAAUUUGAACAUUUCCAAUACUUUGCCUAUAAGCAUUGGACAAGAAAAAUGAACUUUUUUUUCUUUUCUUUUCUUUUGUCACGAUGGUGAACGCCGCUGCAAGGUUCCCUCAUGCCACUUGGACAUGUUUGGCAGAAUCAGUUUUUACUUACUAAGAAAUCUGUUCCUCUUGUAUUUUAAGAAAAUGUUUUUCAUUUUAUCUUACUAGACAGGCAAUUAGUCUGCUUCCAAUAUCCAUGCAAGUUCAUACACCAUUAUGCAUACUUUUUAUUUUAUGUCAGGGGAAUAAUAUAUUGUUAUGCUAUCCAUUUAUAAUGUUUGAUUUUUUUUCAAAAUAAAGAAUGGAUGAGUACACACUAAAACUAUACAAUGUAUACAACAGAUUCUGAUUGUAAUUUAUGUAAUGUGCUACGUAGGUUCUAUUUUAAUGCAGAUAAGGUCCAUUGAUGUGGCUACCUGCUAGAAACAUCAGUGGAUGCAAAGGCACCAAAAUGUAAGUACAAAUUAGCAUUAAGAUUAUGGGAAAAAACAUUAUUACAGGGUCAUUUAUGAAGAUGAUAUAUCCUUGCAUGAUCCUGUAACAACACACAGCAUGCAAAUAGUACUGUGUACACUUAUCACGCUUCCAGCAGCUCCGAGUUGUCUUAACUAAGCAUCUAAUGACUGACAGAGUGUGGGUGGUCGCCUUCCUUCACAACCACACAGUAUCCUAAUAAGAGGUCCAUUGAUAUAUGCAAACCACUUGAUUUCUGAGUCUUUGAACUGGUUUUUCAGUUUAAUUUUAGUCAUUUUAAGUCCCUUUUGUGACUUCUGAUUUCCUCUGACAGGUCAGUAACAGUGACAUGAAUCAUUUUAAUUUGACAUUGUGCUUUAGUAAGAACCUGAUGCUAAGCUAGAAUUAUACAUGCUUUCAUAUAAUUUCUUUUUUUUUAAAUAAAUGAAAUACACUUGGUCUUAUGGAUUUUCUCUGAUUAUGUUACCUGCAUAAGAGAGCCAUUACUUAUUUCCAUAUGGGUUGGCUUAUUUCUCCUCAUAGCCUAACAUGUAGGUUGCUAUUAAGACAGUACUCGCUUUGUAGUCCCAAUUGCUUCCAAAAUAAGUAUUUUGCCAUGUCUGGAUGUCUCGGAAUUGACAGUUUGCAUAAUGCUGUUGUACAUGGGCCUGAAAAAUGGAUGUAAAUUUGCAUUGAUUUAGAAAGCUGUUCUACUCCAAACAGAGAAUUAACAUGAUGGCUUUCUUCCUUUUUGCUAUAUUUGGAAAUGAUGCCAAAUUUUUGUAUUUCUUUAAUGUGUUAUUUUCAGUGGCACAUCAUAUACAUAUAUGUACAAAUAAAAUGGGGUACAAUUCUUAACCUCAUAUAUCUUGAAAUGAGUGUUCCCAAGCAGUAAUAACUUGGUGUUGUGAUGUACAGAAAUGGAGAAAAGUAUUAAACCAUAUU